CUCGGAGUAUAUUAGCAAAUAGUACGGAUUUGCUUACAAAAAAUUGAGUUUUGUCUAGAGUGCCAGACAGUUCUCUAGUUGUCUUCAAAUUCUGACAAAGAUUUUAAAGAUGGACUUCAAGGCAAUGAUUUGUUUAGUCCUACUUCAGGCACCGACCACUGUUUUUAAUGCAACGAAUACAACGACUGCACCCACCACUGUAACGAAUGCAACCAAGGCACCGACCACUGUUUUUAAUGCAACGUUGGUACCGACUACUGAAGUCAAUGCAACAAGUACAACAAUGGCACCGACCAUGAAAAUGAAUGCAACUACAACAGCAACUAAAUUUCCAUCUUCGACCACAGCAAGUUCAUAUAAUCCUCCGAUAUAUGUUGAAAUAACUUUUGCAAUGCCAUGGGAAACAUUUUGCACGUUAAGUAACACGUUUCAAAAAAAACUUGCAGCUCUUUUGAGUAAGCAAGUUGGCUCUAAUAAAGUUCUUGAAUCUAGAAUCAAUUUUAUCAAUAUUCCCUCACCUUGUGCCAACGUUCAGGAAAGUGCCACCGUUCAAUUUUAUGUUUCCAAAGAGGAAAGUUCAGAAUUGGAUAAAAAGCAAACUGUUGCAGCAUAUGAACUGUUAAAUAAGUACCACAAAGACAAAAACAUGGAAGAGAUAGUUCCAGAAUUUAAGGGAAAGGUUGAGGCAGUAGAAAUAAAAGGAACUACAAUCAUACCUACAACUCAGUACUCCCCACCAGUAACAGUCAUUGUUAUAUUCAAAAUGUCUUUGGACAAUUUCUGCCUAAAGAAGGAAACAUUCCGCAAGAAUCUUGCCGAAAAGAUCGGGAUAUCUCCAACUCUUAUAGUGUUUGUUAACCUACGAUGUCGGCCCAACGUCGCUUUCCUCAUGGACGACUCUGAGAACGUCAAGGUGGAAUUUUACGUCAAGGCCGGAAAAGACAGUGAGCAAGCUGAUGCACAACUAACAAACAAGGCCUAUGAACUUCUUGAUGAUUAUGUAAAGAACAACAAAAUGGGAGAGAUACAUCCAGAUUUUGAGGGAAAGGUCGAAUCUCUGCAAAUUAAAGGCGAAGAGAAGCCAACAGCCAGAAAAUCUUUGUUAUUUAACCAAAACGAAAGACUCUUGAUGGGUGUCGGCGCAGCUGCUGUCAUUAUUCUCAUCGCUGUUUUAAUCCUUGUUGUCAGGGCUGCAAUCAAAAGGUCACGACGUCAAAAUAGUCACCAGCUUAACGAUGAAGAGGUAAUGGCAGAGGAAGCUGCGAAUGGUAAUAUUGAAUUGGAACCGAUUAAUGAAACUAAAGCUGAAAUUAUGGUUCCUCCUCAAUACAACUCCGCUAAAGAUGGUGGUGUAAGCGAUGACGGUGAGAAAAAAGACAUCUGCCCAUUAGCGGAGUCCGAAAAAUCUUCGAUUAACGAACUAGAUAUCGAUAGAGCAACGGAAGGCCCGUCGGUCGAGAAUCCUGCUUUUGUUCACGAUGAGGGUGAAUCGAAGAAAGCAAAUACAGAAGAUGUGAAGAUAGACGAAAAGAAAGUGGAUGACACAAAAACCGCUGAAACGGAAGACCAGACCCAGACUCCUACCGCUGAAACCAAUGCUGGCUAUGACGACCAAAGCGAUUCGCCCAGUGAAGAAAAUACAAGUCUAUAAAAGCGCAAUCUCCAGACCUCGCCUCUGUGAAUGGAAAAAAUAUAUUAAAAGGUCUCGUGACCGAAUCCCAUCUCUGUACCAUCAAUCAAGAGAAAGAAAAGCAUUUUAGAUGUACUAAAUUAGCUCAAAAAAUAUUAAUUUGAGAACCCUAGAUAGAAUUAAAACGUAUGACAUUAUUAUCACUUUUAUAUAGAGUUUCUUUGUACACAAACUUAAUAUUGAAGAAUAAUUUUUCAUAGUGCUCAUUCGAAGCGUUUAGCUGAGUUUCUUUGUAUAUAUAUAUUAGGGCUUCCAGCUCCUUUGCUCUAAUUUUUGCAAAAGUACACUCAGUUAUAAGGGCGGAUCCAGGGA